CCAGUCUCUCUCUGCCCCUGACCCCAGCAGGGAGGCUCAGCAUAAAUACCAGCCUCCUCUCACUGACAGCCACAGCCACCCAUCUCUGCCCACCAGACAUCAGCAGGAUGAAGCUUCUCACUGGACUCAUUUUCUGCUCCUUGGUCCUAGGAGUCAGCAGUCAAAGCUGGUUUUCAUUCCUUCGUGAGGCUUACCAGGGGGCUGGGGAUAUGUGGCGAGCCUACUCUGACAUGAAGGAAGCCAACUGGAAAAACUCAGACAAAUACUUCCAUGCUAGAGGGAACUAUGAUGCAGCCCAAAGGGGUCCUGGAGGAGUCUGGGCUGCUGAAGUCAUCAGUGAUGCAAGAGAGGGCAUUCAGAGUCUCAUAGGCCGUGGACACGAGGACUCCAUGGCUGACCAGGAAGCGAACAGAUGGGGCCGCAGUGGCCAGGACCCCAAUCACUACAGACCUAAAGGACUGCCUGACAAAUACUGAGCAUCCUCCUUACUGCCCCAGGAGGCUGUGAUGUGGGCCCUGAGGACAGGGCCUGGGGUUCUUCAUUCCCAUGAACACUGAAGUUGCUUGGAAACACGCAAUAGUUAUCUCACAUGAAUAUGGACCAAGAGUUUCAAAACUGUGUUGUUCUUGGAGUAGUAACUACUUGCUUGAGAAGGGGGUAAUAAACACUAACAUGGAAGUGGA